AUGGAAGGGGGAAACAAUUAUGAGCGUGCUCCAUGGCGGUUUUUCCACGUGCAAAGGAAUGGGGGGAACAAGAAAGCAUCUGCUAAGAAGGGAGCAGAGCCUCCUCCUCUCAACGCAUGGGUCCUAUACUCCGGAAACAACGACCUGCAUGACAAACUGUGGCAUGUGCUCGUGGUGCUCUUGAAGCAGGUGGUACCUAAAAAGAAGAAUGGUGUAUGCAGCUGCAAGGGGGAGUGUGCUGCCGUGGCUACUGAAACGAUCAAGGAGCUGAAAGCUGUCGUGGAGAUGCUAGUGCAGCAGUUGAACCAGGUUAACGCUCGACUUGCAGCAGCUGAAAAGGGAAGUGCUUCUCGUGCGGAGGAAAAGAAUGGUGCAGAGCCCAGGGGGGGGCAAAUUGUUGCUGCUAAGGACAAGGAGAACGGAGUGCACAAGUGUGACACUCAUGAGCAGCAGGAAUUUCAUGUCAAGGUGCAGAUGAAGAAUGCAGCUGCUAAGGAGAAGGCGUUGGGGCUGAAUGUGGGCAGCAUUGCUGCCCGUGGGGUUAAGGUGAUUGGUGAACUCAAUGUGAAGCUGAGAUUGUUGGGGAGGAGACGAGUGCCUUCCCUAAAACUGGAGUUGGGAUUAGUAAGGCGGCGGCACUGCUGA